AUGUCAUUUCAGGAAAUACCAGUGCUUGACCUUCGUCAAGCUUUUGAUCCUGCCACUAAGCCUGAAUUUCUUGCCCAGUUGAGAAAUGCUAUGAUCAAUGUCGGAUUCUUACUUUUGAAUCAUUACGAGGAAGUAGGUCCAAGUGAAGCUGAUCUUGUUGCUAUCAAGAAACAAGCCGAAGAGUUUUUUGCAUUACCAGACGACGUGAAGAUGGAUUGUGAAAUGACCAAAUCAAAACACUUCUUGGGCUACACUAGAUUAGCAAAUGAAAUCACAGCCUCGCAUACCGACUGGAGGGAGCAGAUUGAUCUCGCAACAGAGCUUCCAUCUCCUUCAGAGAAUGAUCCAAUUUACCGCAAUAUUGAAGGUCCAAACCUUUGGCCGGAUGCAAGUAAGAUCCCAAACUUUAGACCUACAAUAGAAGACUACAUAGCCAAGAUGACAAAUCUUAGCACAAUCGUGAGAAAACUCGUUACAGAGUCCAUUGGGUUGGAUAGUAAUGCACUUGAUGGAUAUUUCAAGCCCCGCCAACAAUGUAAAAUGAAGCUCAUAUCGUAUCCUGAUGAAUCAUCGUUGAAAAACUCAAAGUCAGUUGCAUUGGAUGACACACCGUCAACAGGACAAGGGGUAGGUCCACAUAGAGAUUCUGAUCUUCUCACCUACAUUUUUCAAGCAACUCCCCAUGAGAAUUCUUUACAAGUGCAAAAUUUCCAAGGAAAAUGGAUCACGGUUCCAAAUAUCCCUAACCAUUUAGUGGUGAAUAACGGACAAACGUUGGAAGCUAUAACCCAAGGCGUGUGCAAGGCAACAAUCCAUCGUGUCUUGAUACCGGAACCAGGAAGCGGCACCAGAAUUUCUAUCCCAUUUUUCCAAACUAUCGAUUUGGACUGCUUCAAGACAUCGGUGAACAAUAUUCCUGAAAAUGUGUUGAAAAUGAAAGAGGAGAGGGAUCAAAAAAUCAAGGACUGGGCAGUGGAUGUGGGGUUCCAAUUUCAGCCGGAUGUGGAGAAGGAGCCUGUUGGAUAUGCAGUAUUUAGAAACAGAAUCAAGUCGCAUCAAGAUGUUGCAAAAAGAUGGUAUCCAAAUAUUUUGAAGCAAGUGUUGCAAGAGUAUUCGUACUGA